CAAAUUGCAGUUGUAGCUCCGCUCCAAAUUGAACGACAAGAAUGGCCGCGGCACUGGCCCGGCAGAUCAGCGACUGUCUGCGCACCUGCAUUGAUGGCCUCAACGAUCGCUAUGAGCCCCCCGUGCGCCACCACCUGUCCAAGGUGUACAUGAUCAUGGGCGGAGCCGCAGCCGCCACAGCUGCGGGCGCCGUGCUGCAGAUGGAUGGCUUCGUGGACCUCGGCAUGCUGGCUGCUGUGCUGACGCUGCUGCUGGCUGCGACGCUGCAUUUCUACAAGGACGUUGGCAACAACUACAGAACCCGCCUGGGAGUUCUCCAUGCCUUUGGGUUUUUCUCCGGCCAGACCUUGGGGCCGCUGCUGGGCUACGUGGCCAGCAUCGACGCGGGGCUUGUCGUGGCAGCCCUGCUGGGCACCGUCGUCACCUUCCUGACCCUCUCGCUGAUCGCGCUGUGGUCCGCACAGGGCAAGUACCUGUUCAUCGGCGGCAGCCUGGUGAGCGUCAUCAACACCAUGGUCGUGCUGGGUCUCGUCAAUAUGGUAUUCAAUUCUUUUGCGGUGCAAAUGCUGCAGCUCCUCGUGGGCGUGCUCGUUGUGGCCGCCUUCGUGGUCUACGACACCCAGGACAUUGUGCGGAAGUGCCGCAGCGGCGACCACGAUGCCGUGCAGCAUGCCAUGGAUCUGUUCUUUGACAUUCUGAGCAUGUUCCGCCGCGUGGUGCUCAUCCUGAAGCACAGGCACGAGCGGGCACACAAGCAGCGCCGCAAGAGGCGCUAAGCAACAGCCACGAAA